GCAACUAACGCCAUAGUUGCGAUCUUCUUUUGUCCGUGACCAUUUUGAUCACACAUCAUAAGCAAGAUCUAACGAAGAUCCAUCAGAUAACUAUUGCGCAUAUACAACAGCACUGUUUGUAUAGCAGCAUCAUCUGGAGGACCGCAGGAUCUGUGCAUACUGACGUGUGUGUGUAUAACCGGCACUUCUCGGAGCAUUUUUGGGAUCGUCGCCAACUGCGAUCACAUACCGACGAACGGGGAAAAACCACCGGAGGUGCUAGCGUUUUCUGUUGUUCCACGCAUCCGCUGCUAAGACCCACGAAAAAAGUGCAAAAUGGCAGAAAUGGAGGAUACCCACUUCGAGGCCGCCGACUCCGGCGCAUCCCAAACCUUCCCGAUGCAGUGCUCGGCUCUGCGUAAAAAUGGUCACGUUAUGCUGAAGGGACGUCCCUGCAAGAUCGUUGAAAUGUCUACCUCCAAGACCGGCAAACACGGACAUGCCAAAGUUCACAUGGUUGGCAUCGACAUCUUCUCUGGCAAAAAGUACGAAGAUAUUUGCCCUUCGACCCACAACAUGGACGUCCCCAAUGUCAAGCGCGAAGACUACCAACUGACUGACAUUGACGACGGAUUUUUAGUGCUAAUGAGUGACAACGGUGACCUGCGUGAAGAUCUGAAGAUCCCCGAUGGCGACUUGGGUACCCAGUUGCGCUCAGAGUUCGAUUCCGGCAAGGAGAUAGUCUGUACCGUACUGAAAUCUUGUGGCGAAGAGACUGUUAUUGCCAUCAAAAACAACACUGCAGCUGAUAAAAACUAAUACUUUGCCCGUUGCCCUACCAAUAAUAUUCACACAAGCGAGCAGCAGCGAGAACAGAAGGAGCGGCGCAGGAGAUAGAGAAGCAGAGCAAAAAGAUCCAUAGAAUUGAAAUUAUCAGCAGAAAGCCAACAUUCACCAAACACACACACCCGUACACACUCCCAGAGCACUACUUCCGUUCCUGUGUUCAACAGCAGCAGGAUCAGCAGCAUCAGCAUCAGCAACAGCAGCGGCAGAACCAAGAUCACCCUCAGCAGCAGCAGCAGCAAAAGUCGCGCUGAAAGCACCCCCGGAGGCAUGAGAAAUGAAAAUAAACGUGAAAACAUGCGAAAUGCGGUAGCAAUAACUAAUGCUACUACCACUACUACUACUACUACUACUACUCUACCUACCAGAAGGAAUGCACCAUUGUUAAAAGAAGACUAAUAAUACCAUCUUUGGAGAAAGUGAUCCGUACUUGUUUCGUUUCCACUUUGGACUGGACUGGUGCUGUCAAAGAAAAAGGGACAACCGGGUAGGAAGCGAGAUUUCAAAUUCUUCUCGAUCGAUGAUGAUGAUGAUGAUGAUGCGAAAGCGGAACGCGGCGGACGAUACCAUUAUUGCAUUUUUUUCUGUUUGUUUUGUUUUGUUCCAACAUUUCUAACGUGGAACGGUUGAAACGGCAACGCGUGCCUGGCCGGAAGAGUACGGAAGGAACUCAUGUUAAUAACACGAACGAACGAUCAAGUGGUGCGUGUGCGGGGAGCGGUUUUCGUUAGGUUCUGCCUUGCCGUUAGGUUGUUGUGCGGGCGGGCGGGGGGGCGAAGAGAAUACCAUGCACAAUUAUAGAUAACACGCGCAGCUGGGCGAUGACUGUUUUUUGCUUACAUUACUCGUAAGCAGAGAGAUCCCCAGACGAUCGCCGCCAGCGCCUUCGUCGUCGUCAUUCGUUAGAUUUGGAGCAGACAAAAGAAGACAGCAGGUGAGCGGGAGGUGUCGGAACAGAGCGUAGGAACCGCGGAUGUGUAGGUGUAGCGAAAGCGAACGGAAGCGAUAGUAGCAAUAGUAAAACAGAUUAAUUCAUAACAAACGAGUACUUUUCGAGAGAGAGAGACAAUGGUUAAGAGUUUUGUGUUCGUUUUCUUAUGGUUUUGUUUUUGCCUAUUUUUUGCCUAAGAAUAAAUGCGCCUCCAACCCGCCAACAUCGUACUCUAUACUCUAACGAAACACAAUGUUAAGCAAAAGACGAGAAACAAAUCAAUGGCUACACACAAUCAAGCGGUUAAGUGCAA